AUGGCCCGAGGAGUGGUGGCGAUUCUUUCCACCCCUCCGUUGCGCCCUUUGCUGUUGCUGCUGUUGCUGCAUGACGCUUUCUCGCGCCGUCCCGCAUUCCUACCCCCACCCCGCCGCACAACGGGGCCUUUCAUUUUUCCAGAAAAAAAAUCCCCUCUUAUGUACGCUCCACCAUUAUUCGCUCCGAAACCAGGCUGGUUCGCCAAACCUGAAUACACGACAGCGACAUUGUACGAGGAAAUCAUCAAGAAGUGCGAAACCAACUCAUGCGGCCAGGAUGCGCUAUUCAUGAUUUGCAAGUUGGCCAACAACCCGCAAGAAGCGCGUAUCGUACUCAAUGCCUUUGCGGCCGUACGCGCGAGCCUUGUACGACAGGGCAAGUUCAAGCCGUACGGCGAGCGGUUGGCUGUGGAGUUCGUAAAC